GUCGGACAGGUCGGUUCCACAUGCACUGCAGACUGCUCACGCUGCAGCUUCACUCCGGGAAAUGCCGUUCAAGUGCCAAUAGCAACCGAGCAAGACACUGCUCGCACGCACGCGCGCGGCGCGAACCCCGGCGAGCACCGCCCCUCCGGCCGCGCCGCGCGCCAGGUCCCGCGUGGCCGCCGCACGUGGAAGGGGCGCAGCGCGGGCCCCGCCUCCGCACAUGCGCAGUCGCGGCUCAGAGGCGGUUUCCGGCCGCCGCCGGCAGCGCCCCUCCCUUUCUGCUCGCGGGCGGCCAUCAUGGUGUUCAAACGCUUCGUCGAGAUCGGCAGAGUUGCCUUUAUUUCCUUUGGGCCGCAUGCUGGCAAGCUGGUGGCCAUUGUGGAUGUUAUUGACCAAAACAGGGCACUAGUUGAUGGCCCCUGCAGUGGUGUCAGAAGGCAGGCUAUGCCCUUCAAGUGCAUGCAGCUGACAGACUUUGUUCUCAAAUUCCCACACAGUGCUCGUCAGAAGUGUGUGCGACUUGCCUGGGAGAAGGAAAAUAUAAAUGAAAAAUGGGCAGCAACAAGAUGGGCAAAGAAGAUUGAAGCCCGAGAAAAGAAAGCCAAAAUGACCGACUUUGAUCGCUACAAGGUUAUGAAAGCAAAGAAAAUGAGAAACAGGAUCAUCAAGCAUGAAAUGAAGAAGCUCCAGAAAUUGUCUUCUAAAAAAGGCAAGAAGCCGGAGAAGGCGCAGAAGCCGGAGAAGGCGCAGAAGCCGGAGAAGGCGCAGAAGCCGGAGAAGGCGCAGAAGCCGGAGAAGGCGCAGAAGCCGCAGAAAUAAAGUGAACUUCUUGUUAUGUA